CUCCUCCUCCUCCUCCUCCUGCUGCUGCUGCUGCUGUUGAGAGGACUCCGGGGCUCAGGCGGGCGAAAAAGGGGGAAAGCAAGCAGCCCCUUCCUCCUGCUGCUGGUGCUGCUUGGCCUCUGGCGGGGCCAGGUGGGCUCCCUGGAAGCUCCUACCAUGAAGACCACACUGAAAUAUCUGUUUGGGUUCCUUGCAAUUGCCAUUGUCAUUACAGCCAUAGUUCUUUCUAUAGUUUUGAUGACAAACCAAGAUAUUCCUGAUCAACGUAGGAAAUUUACUCUACAGGAUUAUUUGAGUGAUAAUUUUCAAUACAAAUCGUACAACUUGCAGUGGAUUUCAGGAAAUCAAUAUCUCCACACAAGGCAAAACAAUAUCCUUCUCUUUGAUGUUGACAAAGGAUCAGAGAUCACAGUCUUACCAAAUAUAACAUUAGCCAGUUAUAAUAGUACUGAAGCAAUUUUGUCAUCUGACCAAAAAUAUGCUCUCCUGCGAUACAAUUAUGAGAAGGUGUGGAGGCACUCAUACAAUGCAUCAUACCACAUCUAUGAUUUGAGCAGUAGUUCCUUAGUACCUGGCAAGGCACUUCCUACAAAUAUUCAGUACAUAUCCUGGUCACCUGUUGGUCAUAAAUUGGCCUAUGUUUCGAAUAACAACAUUUACAUCAGAGAAAUGCCAAAUGCUUCUGAUAUACAGAUCACCAAAAAUGGCGAAGAAAACAGAAUUUUUAAUGGAUUAUCAGAUUGGGUAUAUGAAGAGGAAAUGUUUGGCACUCAUUCUGCUCUGUGGUGGUCUCCAAAUGGCACUUUUUUAGCAUAUGCAGAGAUUAAUGAUACUGAAGUUCCAGUUAUCGAGUAUUCGUUUUAUUCAGAAGAUACGCUGCAGUAUCCAAAGACCAUUAAAAUCCCAUAUCCUAAGGCAGGUGCUACGAAUCCAACCAUAAGGCUGUUUAUUGUGAAUACCCAAUCUCUUCCCAGUGUCAAUACCACUGAAAUUGUUGCACCAUCAAGCAUAAAAUCUGGGGAUCACUACUUGAGUGUUGUAACAUGGGUGGCGAAUGAGAGAAUCUGCCUUCAGUGGCUCAGAAGAAUUCAGAAUUUUUCAGUUCUUGGCAUAUGUGACUUCGCUAGACAAAAUGGAACAUGGCAAUGCCCUGAGGAAAAGCAGCAUAUUGAAGAGAGUAAAACUGGUUGGAUUGGCAGGUUUCAGCCAUCUGAACCUUACUUUUCAUAUGACAGAAUUAGCUAUUACAAAAUCAUCAGUGACAUAAAUGGCUAUAAACACAUCCACUACACUGACAGCACAGGGAAGACGAUACCUGUUACAAAUGGACCAUGGGAGGUAAUCAGCAUAGCCGCUCUAACAAAUAAUUAUAUAUACUUUAUCAGUAAUGAAUUUGAAAGUAUGCCAGGAGGGAGAAAUCUUUAUAAAGUGGAGUUAAAAAAUGGGUUUCCAAAAACAUGCAUUAGCUGUAAUCUAAACAAAGAAAGGUGUCAGUAUUAUUCAGCAUCCUUCAGCACAGAUGCAAGAUACUAUAUACUGAAUUGCUAUGGUCCUGGCCUGCCCUAUUUCACCUUGCACAACAGCAGUACAGAUCAAGUUUCAAAGGUCCUGGAAAACAAUACAGACUUUGAAAAUUUGCUGAAGGAUAUCCAGAUGCCCUCUAAAAUACUAAAAAGUAUUCCACUGCAUGGAGAAAAUUUCUGGUAUCAAAUGAUCUUGCCACCUCAUUUUGAUGAAUCAAAGAAAUACCCCCUGCUCAUUGACGUAUAUGCAGGGCCCUGCAGUCAGAAAGCUGAUGCGGCCUACCGGAUCAAUUGGGCUACAUACCUGGCAAGUACAGAGGAGAUUAUUGUGGCUAGUUUUGAUGGCAGAGGAAGUGGAUAUCAAGGAGACAAAAUCAUGCAUGCAAUAUAUCGAAGACUGGGCACCUAUGAAAUUGAAGAUCAGAUCUUGGCAACUAAAAAAUUUUCUGAAAUGAGCUUUGUUGAUAAGACAAGAAUAGGUAUCUGGGGCUGGUCAUAUGGUGGCUAUGUGUCAUCCAUGGUGCUGGGAUCAGGAAGUGGAGUGUUCAAGUGUGGAAUAGCUGUUGCUCCUGUGUCACGCUGGCAAUAUUAUGAUUCUAUAUACACUGAACGCUACAUGUGUCUUCCCAAAGAAAAUGAUAACCUGUAUAACUAUGAGAAUUCUACAGUCAUGGCCAGAGCACGAAACUUCCGAGACAUUCAAUAUCUACUGAUCCAUGGAACAGCAGAUGAUAAUGUUCAUUUCCAGCAAGGAGCCCAGAUCUCAAAAGCUCUGGUUGAUGCGGAGGUGGAUUUCCAAGCAAUGUGGUAUACAGACAAAGAUCACGGAAUUGGAGGCCAUGCUCACAGCCAUAUUUACACCCAUAUGAGCCAUUUUAUCAAGCAGUGUUUUGCAUUGUCAUAACACCUUUUGCUUCUCAUGCACAUAUUUUAUGAAGGUUUCUAAAAGAACAGUGUCCUAGGUUAAUGGUCUCAUGUUUCAGUCAACCGAGACAGUGAUUUCUAAGAAUACUUGAAUGAAGAUUUUUUUAUUAUUUUUGCAAUUCCAGUAAAUAGAAACCAAAGAUCAGCAUUACUCUACUUACCACACAAGGAGGAGAUACUCCAUUCUCUUCUCUGUGGAGGCAUAUUUUGCAUUUUCAUUAAAGAGUGAGUGGACCAAAAAUCUUCCUUCUGGACAGGACAAUGGAGCACAGCCAUGUGUACAUGAACCAUAGGAUUCCAGCAGCCCUAUUUAUCUGAGUUUAUUUUGUCGAUAUGUAAGUGUUGCUCUUAUGAAACAAAGUGUGACUUGCACUUAUGUGAGUUUUGUUAUAAGUUAGAGGAAAUUACAUGAAGCACUGUUUCAUUUGUAUGCACAAUAGAAGUUUAAGUGUGAUAAUUUCAGCAGAUAUGAUUCAGCUUUUAGAUGGGAGAAGCUGAAAGUGAAAAUACCCCUCUAAAAUACCUUGGCUGGUUUCAUCUGAUCAUGUAAGGGCAGAGCAAGAUGUGAUUUGAGAGCUCUAUAAUUAGGUUUACUUGCAAUUAAAAAUUUAAAAGAACCCACUUGAAAAGGGGAAAAUCUAAAAUUGGUAUGAACCACAAUUAAAAAUAAAUAUUGGAUCAGAGGAACAAUUCAUCUGUUUCUUUCCCAUGUCUUCAUCAGUGAAUGAAGCCAGAUCCAGAGCUUGGUGAUGGCAGAACACUUUGAGGAUGCUAAAUCUGAACCUUGCCAGUGGGCACUGAUCAAAAUACUCAAGCCAUUGGCCAUUGUGUUAGCAAAGGACUAAAUCACUGCAACUGAACUGUGAAUAAUUACAUCUUACAAGCCUUAGGACUUUCACAAAUCUGAAUCUUGUAGUGGGCUUGCAAAAAAAUAUAUAUGUUACUUUGUUUUUUAAAAUAUAAGCAGAGAGAUCUUGAGACAUUCUGAGAGCAUAUACUACCAACUUCUUUCUCUCAGUCAGUCUCAAAGAUCCCCUUGCAUAUUGAUCCAGACUAACAUGGCUGUGUUAAAAAUAUAUGGGUUGGAUUUAGCAUUUGCCUUCUGUUGACAAAAGGGUUCCACUCAUGGAAAAUGGAAUCUAUCACACUGUGGUUGUGAAUGAAGCCAGGGUGGGGCUUAGAUACUGCAGUCAGGGCAGGUAUGUGACUAGUCAUUAGACAAGAUUCAAACGUUCUAUUUACAAGGCAUGAUUCUCUGCCAGCAUAGCUAUGCUAGUGGUCCAGGUGGAAGAUGAUGGGUGCAUAAGAGCCACUGGAGAUUUUUGGGUGCAGCUCCACCACUCUACCCCCAGCCACUGAUUGUGCAUCCAGGAUUCCUAGCACACGUGGGGAGAAAAAGCAGCAAUCAUCAAACACCUAGACACGGGUAGGAACUGUUUCUUCAGUUCCAAAUAUGCAAGGACUACUAGAUGACUUUUGUGACUAGGAGGAAGGGGAUGAGGCUGCCUCUGGGAGCCUCUGGCUAACUUUGCACACCCAAGGGUAAUGGUGUUCCACAUGGAGGUAUAGGAUGCCUCUUUCCAAAAUAGCCGUAAAAGAGCUUCUACUGAUACUACCAGGAUUCUGGCCAUUCUUUGCAGAUUACUCUCUUUUCUAGGCAGCUAAAGUGCAACACCAGACUAGAAUAGGAACCAAUCUCGGUGUGCAUCAAAGCAUCAAUUAAAGUGUAGGGGAAUAUCCUGUUUUGCUCUUUUUCAUACAACAUAAACAUUCUGCUGGUGCAUUAGAAAGAGAAAUCUAUAAGAAAUAAUACGGUACCUUCAGCUCUUGUGAGCAGUUUUAUGUGAUUCUAGCAGUUUACGGCUUCACUCUUUUUCAGUGCAUACAAUUCCCAUUUGGAUUAUACUGCCCAGUUAUGAAAUUCCAUAUUACUACUUACCAAUGUGCCUUAGAACAUACUGAUCAAGUUCUUGAGAUUUUUGGUCCCCCUCUCCCUGGCUCAACUUUGUACAUUACCAACAUAAUCCUCAGACAUAAAUCUCAUUAUAUUUGAAGGAUAGUGCGUAUGGAAUUUGCAUAGUAUGUUGUCCUGCAAAUGUAGCUGUUUAAAACAUAAUAUAAUAAAGCUAUAUUUGUGAUAUGAGA